AUGUCCUGUGUCACCUAUACCAUCAAGACCCUCUUCUGUGUUAAGGAGUCUCUACAAAGAUCCCAGGUCGUCGUGUGCAUGACAACACACACUGUCCAGAUAGAGAACUUCAAGCCGGGAGUGUCUGGUCUCUUUGUCACCAACAAGGAGAGUCCAGCUGAGGGGUGGAGCCAGCAGAGAGGAGAGGAGGGCCAGGAGCGGGGAGACCGCCUCCUGCGGCACGGCUUGAGCAUUGGCCUGCGGGCCAAAGGCUCCUGGCAAGCCUACAAGUGGUCCGACAAGCUGCAGUACCACGCAGGCCUGGCAGCCAGCCUCCUGAAUCAACAGGCGCUGAAACGCUCUGCUAACCAGAUGGGAGCGUCUGCGAAACGCCGGCCCAAGGCGCAGCCCGCCUCGCUCCUCCUGCCGCCUCAGUAUGUCGAUGACGUGAUCAGCCGCAUUGACAGGAUGUUUCCUGAAAUGUCCAUCCAGUUAUCCAGACCCAAUGGAACGUCAGCGAUGCUUCUGGUGACCUUGGGAAAGGUGCUGAAAGCGAUUGUCGUCCUGCGGAGCCUGCUCAUUGACCGAACGAUCGUGAAGGGCUACAACGAGAACGUCUACACGGAAGACGGCAAGCUGGAUAUAUGGUCCAAGUCCAACUACCAAGUGUUCCGGAAGGUGACAGACCACGCCACCACUGCCCUGCUGCACUACCAGCUGCCCCAGAUGCCACAUGUCGUGGUCCGGUCCUUCCUGACCUGGCUGCGAAGUUACAUAAAGCUGUUCCAGGCGCCCUGCCAGCGCUGCGGGAAGUUCCUGCGGGACGGCCUGCCCCCCACCUGGAGGGACUUCCGCACCCUCGAAGCCUUCCACGACACCUGCCGGCAGUGACCGCCCCUCCCCGCCCCUUCCCCCCCCAGGGGGUCAGGGGUCAGGAGUCAGACCGCCCAUGCCCCCCUCCCCCACCCCCCCAGGACAGCCUGGCUCUGAGGCGGAGCCUCCGAAGGACAGACUCCGUCCCGGUGGACGGGACACCUUGCGGGCGGCACAGCAACCUUAGACCCGGGAUGAGGGUACCGGCGGGCUCGGUGGUCGCUCUGCCUCCCGGGGAAUCGCCCUGGGAUCGUGUUCCCAGUGUUUUCACUGUGCUAGGGUGAGGGACUGAGGCAUAGAAGGGUUACAGAAUGUGCUAGCGGGAGGGACGGAGGCAUGGAAAGGUUACCUAUUGUAUUAGGGUCCGGGAUCAUGACAGAAAAAUUGCUAGAUUGUC